AAUUUUAUUACACUGAAGAAGAAAAUCGCCUUUCGAUAUAUAGAAGAGCAAAAGUUCGAGAAAGCUGCUGACUUACUCAUUUCUACCGAAGUCAAUCCAGAAGAGGUGUUAUGUUUGUUCACAUGGCCAAGCAGCGUGAAUAUUAUGAGCAACAACGUCGUUUUGCACGAUGGCUAUCAAUUUUUGGAAGAGUACUUGAUGCAAGUUCGGGAAAUGCACUUCGCACUCCAAUCGCGUGCGAAUGUGGACACGUCACUUUUGAAGCUGUUCACGCUUCACAACAAGCUGGAGGAUGUUUUUCAUCUCGAAAACUUUCAUCCGUAUUAUGAAGAAAGCGCGGAGUUCUUAGAAAGUACUGGCCAUUAUAACUACGCAGCCAAGAUGUGGUUGCUGGCGGGUGAGACAUCGAAGGCUUGGGACUUUUGGAGGCGUCUGUGGUUGUGGAGAAUGGAAAUGCCACGGUCAAUUCGAGAUGAAAUUGAACGUAUUCCAUCGAAGAUGCUUGAUGGUGAUGCUAAACUUCUACGCAUUUAUCUCGAAAGUGUUCCAUUUUCUGAGGAAAUAGCGAAGGAGCUAUGCGAUGUUUACAUCAAAGACAUACAUUCAGGAGAUCUCAACUGUCGCCACCGAUUUCGACGGUUGCUUUUGAAUAUGAGUUUUUCUGAUCGAACUGCCGUAUACGACAGAAUUCCUUCAGGAUGUGGCGUAGAACGAUUGCUAUGUGACAACAGUCAGUCAGUUGGAGAUAUUCUUGAUAAAUUGGUCAAUGUUUAUCACGACUACGAUGCUGCUGAAUUGAUUUGCGCUCACUAUUCACCAACGCAGCCGGAUAUAUGCCUAAAUCUCUUGAAAUUCCUGGAAGAUCGAGGAUCAGAAUUUGCGGUGACUAGCGGCACGGAGUCACGGAUCUCUUCGCUGCUUAAAUGUAUGGGUGAUGCGGUCGACCCUUUGAAGGUGUCACAUUUCUUGAAGCGGGCGGUGGCUAAGAAACAACAGGAGCAACAUCUGCUCAACUCUAAGGAAAGCUUGCUAGAAAAAUGUGCAGAAACGGAAAAGGACAGUUUGUCAAACAAAAAGAUUGUGCUGUCUUGCGCUGUCUGCAGUGACCCGAUCUCGUGUAAUGAUGUUCUUUGUUAUUUGAAAACAGGCUAUGUUGUACAUAGUAAAUGUAUGAAAUAUGAAAAUCUUUGCCCACUGACAAAUUUCCUCCUAGUGCCUCCUGAAUAA